AUGGCGGGACCAUCCCAUUUUCAUUUCUCCAUUUUGAGCCUCCUGUUUAUCUUCACAUUUCUUCCAGGUAGCCAAGGCAUGAAGUGCAAGAGUGGCUGGUUCCCCUAUGAGCAGCACUGCUAUGGAUAUUUCCCACAACAAGAAACAUGGAACCAUGCAGAGACAGAAUGUAUGUCAUACGGGACAGAAAGCCAUCUCGCCUCUAUCUUCAGUCGCAGGGAAAUGGAUACCGUGGCCACUUGGCUUACAACCAACUUUGUAAUCGAAGAGCCUAUUUGGAUCGGACUAUACAACGUAGGCAGCAUGCACAAGAAACGUUGGAGGUGGUCAGACAUGUCUUCCGUCAACUACAUCCCCUGGAGCCUCAGCAAAUCCAAUCAACCUAAGGGGGACUGUGUAGAAAUGCCUCGUGUGGAUUUUUCGGCAUGGGAAGUUCAGGACUGUGCAGAGUCACGAGCCUAUCUCUGCAAAGUUGCAAUGAUGUGA